UGCGCACGCGCGGACCUGCUGAUAAAGCGCCUGCGCAUUAGGCUCCGGUCUCUCUGCUCCAUCCAGGAAAAUGGCGAAACGCACCAAGAAGGUGGGGAUUGUGGGGAAAUAUGGAACUCGUUAUGGAGCCUCACUCCGUAAGAUGGUGAAGAAGAUUGAGAUCAGCCAACACGCCAAAUACACCUGCUCCUUCUGUGGGAAAACAAAGAUGAAGCGGAGGGCAGUCGGUAUCUGGCAUUGUGGAUCUUGCAUGAAAACAGUGGCUGGAGGAGCUUGGGCCUACAACACCACCUCUGCCGUUACAGUAAAGUCUGCAAUUCGCCGUCUGCGGGAGCUGAAGGAUCAGUGAGCACUGGCUGUGGAGUCUGGCCUCUUCCAGAGGUUUAUGUGUCCUCAAACUUGUUAAUAAAACAUUAAAUGAAAA